AUGUCAGCCCCUGCUUGUCCUGCGCCCAACGGGACCAAUCACGAGAAGCUCCAUGAAGUCAGCGAGUCGUUUGCCCUUCCGUUCUGGCCCCUUUUUGCCUGGACGGGGAUCUUCGUAGGCUUGUACAUGUUCCUGAUCGCUGCCACGGAGCUUAGCCGUUUUAUUAAGUAUGUCACGGCCUUCACGGAGAACAUUUUUGCGACUUUUAUUGGUACGGUCUACAUCAACGAUGGCAUUCAGGGCAUGAUCCGCGUCUGGAAUAGUGGCACGUCGGAUGUCGCAGCUAGGAAGCUGUUGGUUUUUAACAUGACCCUGGGCUGCACCGCGCUGGCCUACUACCUUAGCAACAUCCCCAGCACCUCCUGGGGCACCUUCACCAUCCGCAAGGUCCUCUCAGAUUACGCGCUCACCAUCUCAGUUUUCGUGCUGGCGAUCGUGGGAGCAGUGCUCAACGCAAACUUCUUUGCUGUUGACUUCAUUGACACAUCAAGCACAGGCUUCACCACGACGGAUGGCCGUCAGUGGACUACGGAUAUGGGCGCCAUCUCUGGGCUCGGAGUCCUUGCUGCGGCUAUUGCAGCCAUCCCCAUUGUGAUGUUUUUCUACCUGGACCAGAAUAUCUCCAGCCUGAUGUGCCAGAAGCCAGAGCAGAUGCUUGGGAAAGGAGCCUAUUUCCACUCCUCCUUUGCUUGCAUGGCGCUCUUCAACAUUCUGGGACCAAUCUGGGGCUUGCCCUUUGUCACCGGCUCUUUGCCACACUCGCCUCAGUUCGUUAGCGCCAUGACAGAGACGGAUGAGGAAUACCGGCCGACAGGUGUGGUGGAAAAUCGUGUGGCUCCCUUCGUUGGUUACCUUUUGAUGGGCGUCGCCCUCUUUCUGCCGGACUUGUUGAACAAGCUGCCUGAGACCGCUGUGAGCGGCGCACUCAUCUUCGUUGGCCUCAAGGCAGCCCUGGGCACCCAGCUUUGGGAGCGAUUCUUGUUGAUCUUCACCGACCCAUACAAGUCGCGAUCGGGUAAGGGCUACAGCCACGUGCCCCUGAAGACCGUCCAUCUCUUCACCUUGGUACAGAUCCUGAUGGUGGUUGGCUGCUGGCUCUGCAACAUCUACAUCGGGUUGGGUUUCCCUGUCUUUGUAGCCCUCUUGAUUCCGUUCCGCUUCAAAAUCCUGCCGCUGCUCUUCUCGAAUGAGGACAUCGACGCACUCCUUGCAGAGGAGGAGCCGCCCCAGAAGAGCGCGUCGGACCCCGACAAGUCGGACAGCAUUCAGAAUGCUGACGGUGCCGACAUGGAGAAAGCCGACGGAGCUCAAAAGGGCCGCGCGGUCGUAGAGUGGACGCUCACUCGCGGCCCAGACUCCGGGGCGACGAAGUAUGUUAUCGAUGAGGAGCUCUUCAGUGAGGCUAAGUUCACCAUGAUCAUCGACGGUUGGUCUGCUCCUCUCUCGGCAGGCAACUUCCUCGACUUGGUAAACCGCAAGUUCUACAACGGGCUCACCAUUCAACGUGCUGAUGGAUUCAUCAUCCAGACCGGGGACCCUGGUGCAGACAAGGGCAACGGCUUCUCGCCGGGUCCUGGCCAGCCGAUCCGGACUAUUCCGCUGGAAGUCGGCCUACGAGGAAGGAAAGAGGCUCUCUAUGGUGAGACCGUGGAUGAGGCUCGACUCGUGGGCACGGAGGUGAAGAUCCCGUUCCAGGCUGAUGGAACGUUCUCCCUUGCACGGAGGGAGUUCGACAACGACUCGGCCGACCACUUGGGUUUCCCUUAUGUUGUGAACAGGAUUUAA